GCUGUAGUCUGAACCACACUCCUCCUCACUCCAUGAGGAGAGAGAGAGGAAAAGAAAACUAGGGCACUGUUUUCUGGCCACUUUUUUUUUUCCUCCCAACGAGCGACAGGGAUUUGGAGUGGGCUGAAGCUGCGAGCAGAGGGGACGUGGGAGUGGAGGCUUAAGGAGAGGUCUGCAGAGUCCACAGGCAGAGCGGCGGAGGUGAGGCUGUGAGGCAAGAAAAAAAAACCCCCGCUCCAGUGAGAACCGACAAGCAGAGCCAUGCUGGAGGACAAGACCACCAAGGUGAGGAUAGCGUUCUUCGUCAUCCUUGUCGGGAUCUCCGCCAUGUUCGCCGCCGUGACGACGGAUCACUGGGCGGUUCUGAGCCCGCGGGUCGAGCGCCUCAACACGACGUGCGAAGCGGCUCACUUCGGACUCUGGAGGCUCUGUAAAAAGACCAUCUACAUGGAGGAGCCGGACCCUAGGGGCAAGGGCUGCGGGCCCAUCAGUCUGCCUGGAGCCCAGAACUGCUCUUAUUUCAAACACUUCACUUCUGGAGAGGAAGCUGAGCUGUUUGAAGUUAAAACUCAAAAAGAGUAUAGCAUAUCUGCUGCAGCCAUCUCGAUCAUCAGUGUGGGAUUCAUGAUUCUGGGAACCAUCUGCAUCCUGAUUUCCUUUAAGAAAGGCAUGGACUAUCUCCUGAAGCCUGCCGGCAUGUUCUUCACAUUUGCAGGCCUGUGCACCAUCAUCUCCGUGGAGGUGAUGCGCCAGUCCGUGAAGCGCAUGAUCGCCAGCGACGAGACCAUCUGGAUCGACUACUACUACUCCUGGUCCUUCGCCUGCGCCUGCGCCGCCUUCGUCCUCCUCUUCCUCAGCGGCAUCGCGCUGCUGCUCAUCUCCAUGCCGCAGAUGCCGCGGAACCCCUGGGAGACCUGCAUGGACGCGGAGCCCGAGCCCAUCGAGUAGAACCCCGGCCCGGGGCGCCGGCACCGACACCGACACCCGCUUUCAGAAGAGUAGUAGAACCAUCAGCCCGAAUCCCACCGCAUGUCAGUCAGGAAGAGGCGGAGAAGGGUCAAGUGUUUCUCAAACUCGAGAAAUGCUCCACAUUUCGCUUGGCCGGAUGUUACACUUUGUAAGCGUUGAACUUGUAUGAGUUGUUUUGUUUUUUUGUACAUCCAUUUAUAAUGAAAACGAGCUUUUUUUUUCUUGUUCUUCUUCUCGUGAUUAAAGUGUGCUUAUAAGUAUCGCGCUCGAACAGCAAUCCACCUGACCGCUUCACAGGUGAUUGGUGUUCAGAUGUUGUGUGCGCAAUCCUUAAAUUACACAAGUACAGUAAGGGCUCAGUGAAAUUGCGAUGUAGGCCCACCUACAGAGGGGCCGGGAAUGAUGUUAUGUACUGCAGAGUCACAGGGAAAACCAAUGUCUUUCCCCACAGUUGUGUUUUUCAGAAAGGGCUCUUGAUACCUUCGGCAAAAUUGUCUUAAGAACUUCAGAAUGGUGGCAAGCGACAGGAGGCCAUGUGGUUCGUCUCGCCUCUUUGGUAAUUAAUAGCUAAUAGAUCCCAGGAUCUCCUCUACCUGAUUCUUUGAAGAAGCCAGGGUAUCGGCUUCAACACCACGGCUGGGGGAGCUUGUUCCACACUCCCACCACCCUUUGCGUGAAGCAGUGUCUUCUGGUCUCGGUCAUACCACUAGAAAGAGCACCUACUGUAUAACGUCCCAUUUCAAAGUAAAACCAAAGCAGUGCAGUAAAACCCAGCAAAAACACCGUAAAGAUGGCACCGUGGUGAACAACAGCACUGAGAGGAAUGCCAGGGAUUCAUCCAGGGGAAACGCGAACCGCUCGCAGCUGUGAGCUGUACACUGUGGGAAGCGCCGGCGGCCAGGAAGAUCGCCGUGCGCGUCUGUCCUCGGUUUCGCCUCUAAAUCAGUGAAUUCGCCGAGGUUCACAGUGAGUUGGGUUUUCACGCAUUUGAAAGGACGGGGUGCUGUGGCAGGAAAACGCUGGGUUCGGCUGUACAGCACGUGUGUGAGCCCUGGUGCCGAACCCGCAUCCCAGGCAGGGGCGCCGGGGUUUUGUUGGACGGUGUUGGGUUGAAUGCUAAUGACUGCCACACUGAAGAUCUGUAAGGCUGGUUUGGACGCAGUUCAGUAUCUGCAGGUGCAGAUAUAUUUGGCAGGCGUUUCGGUGGCUUCUAAAAGUUUCUUUUUCAGAAGGAACAAGUAGGCAUAAUUCCCCCCUCUUUCCGCGUGAGAAGGGAUUACACAAUUUGCGGCCAAUUCCAUUCGCUAUUAACACCAGGAUUCAGUGAAUGCGUUUUUUUUUUUACUAUUUUAAAGACGUUCUUUGUAAGUCCUUCGUACAUAACAAAAAAACGAUCAAUCCAUCUGGUUUUAAAUUUUGUCCCUCGGUUGAAAAACGAAUAAAAAAACAGUGCAUAAUAAAACUAAAGGUUUGUGAUUUCUUACAAUCGCUGCACUACACAGUUGCGUGUCGGUGUUCUUCAUUGCAACUCUAAUUCUCUUUCAUUCCGAUCACUGACGGAACAACCAUCUGUAACAGUCUUCCAGCUCUGACAGAAAUGUGUAUAAACAGUCUUUAACUGUGAAAUCUAAGUGGCGUGAUGUGUUUAAGGACUAAGGUUUUUUUUUUUCUUCUGUUUUGUCUUCCCUGGCUCAGCAGUUUUACUUGGGAAUAUUCAGGUAUUCACCUGACGUGAGGUGCCUCUAUAUCCUCACGCUAUCCUUGGAAGGGAGAUCCGAAUUUCGUGUCGUUUUAGGAAGCCCUUCCGACUUCAGACUUUAAUGUUACAACUGACACAGGAAACGGCAAGGCUAAAGAAAACAGCUGACAACUAUUUCCACAACUACUUUCCCCCUUAUGCUGUAGUACAAAGGCCUAUGUCACAACUACUGUAGACAAAAAGACCUGCUGUGGAUGUUUAGCGCGUGUAUUCAUCUCAAACGGAAAAGUGACAAAAAUGACGCUGCUCUAUGUAUUUUUAAAUAAAAACACAGAACACUGAA